UGCAAUGGCCAUGGCUGGGCUGGGCAGAAACCAGGAGUCAGGAGCUUCAUCCAAGGCUCCCCUACAUGGGUGCAGGGGCCCAAGCACUUGAGCCAUCAUCUGCUGUUUUGCCAGGUACACCAGCAAGGAGCUGGGUCAGAAGUGGAGCUGUGUAGGGAUUUGAACUGGAUGCUGGUCUUGGAGGUCAUGGCUUUAUCUGCUCGGCCACAGCCCCGGCCCCACCUCUGUACUUGUCAUGUUGGACACCAGAACAGAAGCAGAGAGCUUGGACAAGGAGCCAGGCUGCUUAGGUGCUAAUCCCAGCUCUGCAACUUCUUAGUGCAUCUGUGACUCUGGGGAAGAGACUGGAUUUCCACAUCUGGAACCAAAGUGCCCACCGCACUGGGGACAUACUAGUUAACACGCGUGUGGCGCUCUUGUGAGGAUUAAAUGGAGUGAUUAUGGGAAGCAACAAGAACCAUGCCUGACAGUGCUGCAAGAGACAGCCCUAGUAGAGUCAUGGCAAACUUGCUUCAGCUUGUGCGUGACCACUGGGUUCACAUACUUGUCCCUAUGGGCUUUGUCUUUGGAUGUUAUCUAGACAGAAAGAAUGAUGAAAAGCUAACAGCCUUCCGGAACAAGAGUAUGUUAUUUAAAAGGGAAUUGAGGCCUAAUGAAGAAGUUACCUGGAAGUAAGACUGCACUGAGUUAUGGAGUGCUCCCAUUUUACGAGAUGCAGGAGAAAUAAAAACAUGUUUAUUAUUUGA